AAGCUGUGGGCUGCCAGUGACUUCUUAUGGAGAAAACCAGAACGUAUACCCGCCCAGCUCGGGUCCGCCCGGCGGCGGCGCGUGCAGCUCCGGCUCGCCGUAUUACCCGUUCGGUGACGGAACAGCGGAGCGGGCCGACCAGCCGCCGGGCCGCGGCCCGCCUCUGCGGACCGAGCCGGCCUCGUCCGGUUCCAUGAGGAAGAGAGAUGAGUAUGUGGGAGACGAUUACGGCCAGGAGUCGCCCGGCCGGUACGGCUCCUACUUCGUGGAUGGCCGCGGACCCAGCGCCGAUCCGUGGAACUCGCAGUUCUCCGGCUACCCGCCAGGUGGCAUGAUGGGUGUGGUGCCGACGGCGUCCCCACAUUAUGGCAUAGCGUCCGUGGCGGAUAAUAUGAGCUACGUGAACCUGGCGUCAGGCGGCGAGCUGGCGGCGGCAGCGGCAUACCGCGGCCCGCCGGCCUCCACGCCGGGCCUGGCCGGCUCGCCGCUCUACAGUCCGCCGGCCGGACCUCCGCACGGCAACACGGGCGACACGCUCGGCCGCGCCCUGGCGUCGAUCUACUCUCCGGAGCAAGCCACUGGCGCCUUCGGUGGUCACCCACCGAGCACACCGAGUUCCCGAAUGCCAGACGAGCAGCUAGACGACGCCAUAGGGGUGCUCCGAGAGCACGUGCAGGUGGGCCGAAUCGAGGAGCGCCUGGAUGACGCGCUGAUGGUGAUGCGGAGCCACGCCGAGCCACCGCCGCCGCUGCCGCCCCCGCCGCCCCCGCCGCCGCCGCCGCCGCCCCACGGCGUGCCGCCGGCCGCCUCACAUUCCAGCGGCCUGCUCUACAUGGAGGCCGGCCUGCGAGUGCCCCAUUACGGCCAGCUGGACUCACCCGCCGACCGGCUGCCCGCCACCAACACCAAGAAGCGGAAAGAGGCGCCGGACAGCACGGAGCUGGCCGCCGCAAUGUCAGCCGGCCAGCUAGGGCCGGCCGUCAGCCCCGCCGCCCCCGCCGCCUCCAAAAGCAAACGCUCCCGCAAAUAUGCGAGUGGCGGCAGCGGCGGCGGCCUGGGCGAUGACGGCAGCGAAGACGAAGAUUUGGACCCGGAGACCAAGCACCUGCGAGACACCCACCGGCGCAGCGCCAACAACGCCCGUGAGAGGGUGCGCAUCCGCGACAUCAACGAGGCGCUCAAGGAACUCGGCCACAUGUGCAUGACGCACAUGAAGCAGGACAAGCCGCAGACCAAGCUGGGCAUUCUCAACUUGGCCGUCGACGUCAUUAUGACGCUGGAACAGCAAGUGCGAGAGCGCAACCUGAAUCCGAAGGCAGCCUGCCUGAAGAGGCGCGAGGAGGAGAAGGGUGACGAUAAACUACCUCAGCACGUGCAGCCCAGCCCGGACGGCAUGAUGUACGGCAUCAACGCCAACAACGGCACGCAGCCGCCUCACCCCAUGCCUCAUCAGCAGCAGUAGUGACACCUAUUGGCCGCCGCUAGGCUGGACGUUUCCGCGCCAGUCGUGUGCGGCGCUGUGCGCUCCCUCCCGACCAGACCGCCGUCGCGCCGGCGUGGGAGUGGGUGGCCGCCUGAGGACGGAUCGGCCCGGGCGGCCCGUGUGUGAUAUGCCGGUCGGCCAUAGGGCGGCCGCCUCGGCCGCGCUGGCCGGCCCCGCGCCUCGGCACUCUGUACAAAGUGGCUAUUUCCCGGCGGCCGGCGCCGCCUGUUGGACCUCUCCCGCGUGAUAGUGCGUGCGCGUUGCCUGAGUGUCUAAAAUAUAUUCCGAAAGUGCAUUAGGCGUAUGCUGUGGUGCGCGACGGCUGUCGGAUGGCCCGUGGUGGGCGAGCGUGCUGAUGGUGGUGCCUCGCCCCUCCCCCUCCCGGCAUUAGCGGCGUGUCGACUCGCCGCGCGCCCGUAUCCCCCAGCUCGUCUAUGUAAGCCUGUGAGCUGUGUAGCUCGUCUCAUGCGCCGGUUGUGACAGUCCACAGCAGAUUGGAUCGUGAGGUUGGCUUGAUCCUUUUCGCUGUUGAGUGUAUGGGUUAGCAGUUGUGCCGGUAUCAUGGGCGCCUUUGUCACGAUAUGCUCGGAAGGCACGAGGCUCUUCCGUGAAAAGGUACAGUGUAAAUCAUUUGUUCAUAUCACAUGAUCGCAAUCCGACAAUCCCAAAUUCCCGAUCGCAAUCUGCAGGUUGCAACAACUGGUCCGUGAAGCCCGCUGCAGCGGGUUGUUGAAAGUACUUGUGCGCCGGCCUGUGCUACACUGGUGAAGAGUUGUGUCUAGCGGCUCGUCGUUGACAGUGGAUUGGACGUCAUGAUCAUCAUCCAUUUGGCACGCAGUGGUAGUGCCCCAUUCUUGCAGCCAUCAUUGACAAACUCGUUGACGUCUGGACGUCGGGCGAAAGUUUCGGGAGCUGGUGGCCGCCUUUAUCUCGAAUAGUUCUGAUGGUGUCCAUAUUUCAAAUUGCAUUUCACUCGAGUAUUACCCAGUUGUAGACGAAUAAAUAUUCGUGUGCCAUGUGAAA